AGAUUGACAAGCACGGUUUAAGUCGAUAAUUAAAAAAACGUCACAAGUGCGACCGUGUUCGGUAGCUAUAUUUAUACAUCAAAUCGUCAGGGAAUUAGUUGGUCUGGAAGCAGACGAGUGGCACGGCUGUUACAAAACUUUGAGUAAUUUCUAUUCAUAUUUUUAAACUUUAAACUCAAGCAGCUACUAAAAUGAAUCAAAAAAGAAACGUUCCGUCACCGAUUAAAAGCAUAUUGGAUGUCGACGCAAAACUGACAUCAGUUUUAUGUAACACCGUCUCCAAGUUUUUGCCGUCUAACAAAUUUUUUACUUAUUAUAGAGGAUUAGAGUAUUCAUGCCAUGGAAUCGUAUGGAUUGCUUGUUGGUUGGCAUUCAUUUGGUUUGUAUGGUCACGGCCCUUGUUUCAAAUGCAAGUUAACUUCCUUGUUGGAUUAUUUAUUGAUAUUAUUGUGGUUGCUAUAAUAAAAGCAUUUGUCCGUCGUCGUCGACCAGUGGGUAACAGGAAUGAUCAAUGGGUUUCAAUUGGUCCAGAUGCUUACUCAUUUCCUUCAGGACAUGUGUCACGUGCAAUUUUCAUCACAUUUUAUUUUUCUAAAUUAUAUCCAUUAGAUAACUUAAUAGUUCUAUUUUUAAGUAUUUGGGCAAUAGCUGUAUCUUCUAGUCGGAUAUUAUUAAGACGUCAUUAUUUGUUAGAUGUAAUUGCUGGAGUUAUAUUAGGAUAUUUGGUAUGUGUAGGAUUAUCUAUGAUUUGGUUGGAUCAAAGUACAGCCGAGUAUAUUGUUUCUUAUGUAUCAGAUGAUAAACUAGAUGGUGGAGAAUAUCAUGUAUGAAUUUUAUUUUUUAUAUAAUACAAUAAUAUGCAAUAAACAAUUUAUAAUUAUUAA